GAUAGUCUUCCCAAGUCCCAAAGUCACUUUUCAACCCAUGCCCGGUCUUGGAGGUCCUGUCUUCUUGUCGACACUCCCGGGUCUCCAUCACACCCCCCUCGUCGUCGUCGUCGUCGUCUUCGUCUUCCACCCCUCCGUCUCCCACACGCCCCCUUUUUUGCAUUCGUACCCCUGCCACCUUGGCUUGCCCUGGCCCCCCCUCCCUUACCAUGACUCCCCUGUCGCCAAAAGCUUGGCCUUCGCCGGGGGGUGCGACUGCUAGU